AUGUUUGUUCCGCCAAAAGUGCCGGAGGAAAAGCCUCAGAAGCCGACGAUUCUGUUCUCGAUCUGUGAAAUUCGACCUCACUUGUUUAUUGCUGGCUAUGGGGCGAUCACCGAGAAGAAGCUAAAGGAUCAUGGUAUCACGCAUGUUGUUGACUGCACUAACAUUCCGAAAAGCAAAUGCUACGAGGGUAUCGAGUAUUUCGAUGUGCCUGUGGAUGACAGUGAGAUGGGCAGGUUAAACAAGUACUUCGAGUCGUCGGCUGAAUUUAUUGAGCAGGCUAAGAGUAAAGUAAGUUUUGUUAGGUGGAAAAAGCUGAGAGUAAAGUAUGUUAUCUUAGGUAAAGCAGACUAUGAGUUAAGUCAUGUUAGGUAGAGCAGGCUAAGAAUAAUUAGAGAAGUAAGUUAUCUUAGGUGUCUUAAGCAGGCUUUUGUAUAAAAUUUUAAGAGCUUUGAUAUGGUUUUACAUAUUUUUUACUUUUUACGUUUGAUUUUACUUUUAUAGGGAGGCAAGACGAUAGUUUACUGCGCGGCCGGAGUCAGUCGAUCAGCCGCCUUAUGCAUGGUAUACCUCAUGAUUAGUGAAAAGAUUACUCUAGAAGAGAGCUACAUUGUUGUUUGUCGGUAUGCACUAUAAUUUUUACAUUACUGUUUCUACUAUAGGUUUUACAUUAUUUUCUCUCUCUCCAAUACCAUUUACAUUGUUUUUAAAAAGAUUUGUUUUAUAUAACAUUAGGAUGUUCAAAUAAUUCUGCGCUCUUUUUUCAAGCAAAUUUUUGGGUUCAAGGACACAGAAUUAUUUGAACAACUUAAUGGAACUAACAUUUAAACAUCAAUAAGUAUUUUACCUAUAUACUAAAAUCAACAUGUUAUCAUAGAUACCUAUGAUAUAAAACGUUAUGAGUUUGACAACCUUUAGAGUCAUAACUUUCAAAUAUUCACUACAUUUCAUCAAAAAAAGUUCAAAGUCAGCAUUCUAUCUCUGUAAUAACCUUUUUUUCCAAAAAAAAAUUUUUUUUGAAAAUUUAGUUUAAGUCAUCAAUUUCAAUAUUUGUACGAUUCCAAGCAAAUUAAGCCAAACAAAAAUGUCGCACAUGUUGUACUGACCACUAAGUCAACGCAUUUGCAGAGCUCGGCCCUUGAUCGCACCUAAUAACGGGUUUUGGCGACAAAUGAUUGAUUUUGAAAAGGAGAAAACUGGCCAAAACACGGUCCAACUCUUGAAAGGGAUGAAUCGCCCGGUUCCAAGUGUUUAUUUGAACAAAAGCAAGAUCAUUGGAAGUACAUAA